UGAUUUGACCAACGAACGGAUUAUUUAACGCGCCUUAAAAAUGGCAACGCUUGCAAACAACAAAUUUAUGUUACGAGAAUUAAACUAUUAGAAUUUAAAAUCGAUUUUCGAAAAAUAUUUAGUUAAGGUGACGCAUCCGCGAGUGUCUUCAGUUAAAUUCGACUGUCUAUAUAUAGAAUCUUCUAUAUAUGCACAAAAAACGGCAAAUAGGUUAAAUAUUUAGCAUCUCGAGAUGGGAAAUCAGCCGGGAAAGCUUCACGCCCAUGCACAGAGCGGUCGACCCAAGAAGAAUGUCCAUUGGAAGUCUGCAGAACGACCCUCUCCGCCUGGUCGGCCCAUAUUGACGCCACUGUCGCUCUCGGAGCAGCAGCCCGAUGUGGUCAACCUGCGCUGGGAUCGUCCGCUGCUCGACGGAGGCUCCCCGAUCACCGGCUACACUGUGGAGCACCGUCGCAUGGGCUCGCCGCACUGGGUGCGCGCCACACCCACACCUGUCUCCAGGUGCGAUGUGUGCAUCAGUGGACUGGAGCCGGGCUGGCGGUACCAGUUUCGCUGCUUUGCCGAAAACGUCGUGGGACGAUCCGACGCCAGCGAGCUCUCUGAUCCCCUGACGGUUACACUGCAGCGCAAUGCAAUAACCGUUCCCCGCUUUAUAGACGAGCUGUUGGACACUGAUGCGGUGGAGGAUGAGCGCAUUGAGUUCCGAGUGCGCAUUCUCGGUGAGCCACAGCCGGAGAUCAACUGGUUCAAGGAUGGCUACGAGAUCUUCAGCAGUCGCCGCACCAAGAUCCUCAACGACAACGACGCCAGUGUCCUGAUCAUUCACCAAGUGGCACUGACGGACGAGGGCGAAAUUAAGUGCACUGCCACGAACCGGGCUGGCCACGUGGUGACCAAGGCAAGGCUCAUGGUGCAGGCGCCACCCAAGAUUCGUUUGCCGCGCACCUACGAGGACGGGCUCAUUGUGGAGGCGGACGAGGUUCUGCGUCUGAAGGUCGGCAUUGCCGGCCAGCCGCCGCCGGCCAUUACCUGGCUCCACGAGGGCGAAGUGAUUGCCCCUGAUGGACGCUUCGAGGUUACCAAUACAGAGAAGAACUCGCUUCUCAAGAUAGAUAACGUGCAACGAGAGGAUCGCGGGGAGUACAUGGUGCGUGCAUGGAACAAGCUGGGGGAGGACAACACUUCCUUUCUAGUCACGGUCACGGCACGGCCCAAUGCUCCGGGUGCUCCCCGUCUUAACAUGUCGUUCGGCAAGUCCGCAACACUCGCCUGGACGGCACCGCUGGACGAUGGUGGCUGCAAGAUCGGCAACUACAUUGUGGAGUACUUCCGAAUGGGCUGGAACGUCUGGCUGAAGGCCGCCACCACGCGCGCCCUGACGACUACUCUGCACGAUCUGAUCGAGGGCUCGGAAUACAAGUUCCGCGUCAAGGCUGAGAACCCUUAUGGCCUGAGUGAGCCAUCCGAGGAGUCGGAGCUGCUCUUCAUACCCGAUCCCAAGCGUGGCAUCACCAAGCCCAGGUCUGCGAGCAAAAUCGCUGGCGAUGAGAAGGAUAAGCCCAAGUCGGAGGCGGUUCAAGUACCGCCUCGUCGCAAGACGCUCUCUCCACCUCGCCCCCAUGCAGAUGCCGCGACGGGCAUGUCGCCAAAACAGUCGCCAAACGCCAAACGCAAGCCAAAGCCUCAGCUCAUCGACAACGAGCAGUUGCACCAUGAAAUGUCGUACGGCACCUCGGACCAGGCUCUGAAAAUGGAUGUGCGCAAGAGCCCCUCCCAGAGCAGUGCCGACUCCACGGCCAAGCCGGUGACUGCAUCCAGUAAUAAGCUCAAUCUCACGUUGAUCACCACCACCGCUCUGGCGGACAAGACAGGGCUCCCGGCUGGGCUCCAGAAAUCGCCAUUUGGCUCACCUCUCAAGUUGUUCAAUGCCAAGCCCACGACCGAGGCCAAAGAGAAGUCCCCACUGCAGUUCCGGCCCCAGGCCCUGCCCACUCCGCCUGAGGAAAAGCCGUUAAAGUCAGUUCUCCAUCAAAAACGAAGUCUCAGUCCACCAAGCAAGCGGCAGCACUCAGAAACGCAACCAACACCCCCACCAGAGGCCAUCAAGUCAACUCCAGCCCUGCAGCGCAGCGCGGAGCCAGUCCAACUGGGAGUUAAUCAGAACGUGAGACGAUUCUCGGGCCAAGCCCUAAGCCCGGCGAGGAACGUACCCACCCUAGCAUUGGCAGUGGCAGCCAGUGCUAGUGCGGUGAUUGGUGAGCGGCUGCCCACCAUUGAGAUCAGUGCACCACCACCAGCCACAGCCACAGCGACUGCCACAGUUCCGGGCUAUGAAGAGUCCCCCAGAUCCAGACACAAGUCCAAACAGAGACCAGACGCUUCUCCCAUUUCUAGACGUGCCCCCAGGUCAGCGGACAAGCACGACGAGGUGCACACCAGUAACGAGUUCAUGCUCGUCGUCUUCGACAAGAACAGCAAGGUCAAGGAUAAGGACAAGCAAGACUCCUUCGAGCUGGACCUGGAGGAUGCCAUACAGCCACCGCCUAUAUCCAUCUCCGCCCCUGAUCUGGCAUUUCUGGAGUUCAAUAACCUGCACACCACCUUCCCGCUGCGUCGCUCCGUGAGCUCCACCGAGCUGCUCUAUGAGCGCGCAAUGGCGAGAUUCUACGAGGCGGUGGAGUUGGAGCAAGCGGCCAAGUCGAGAAAGGCCUCUCAGGAGAGAAUGGCAAAUAGUACGCAGGCUCCCGGUCCGCCGGCCAAUCUCCGUAAGCGCCUCGGCUCCAUUUCAGAGGCAGAGCGGGUCUCCUUCGAGCGGAGGAGCGAGCUGCGCCGGCAAUCAGCGGACAUGGUUAGCAUGGGGCGAAAGUGGGACUCAAGGGAGAACGUCAACGAUCUGGGCAGCCUCUCACGCACCCACACCACGGCACUGAGUGCGGCUGAGCAACAGCAGCACAUCCGGGAGCAGGUGCAGGAAGCGCCUGACGACGAUGAACGGACCGAGAGCACUGCAGAAGACAGUGAAGAUUUGAACAUGGAACUGGACGAGCACUAUCCAGUGCAGGGACAACAACAGUCUAGUUACGACCUGGGCUCUGACUACACGGAGAGCACAGCCUCCUCGGAGCAGGACUCCAUUGAGAAAUUCAAGAUGGAACUGUUGGCUCGCACCCGUUCGCCCAGCCCCCGCGAUCUGGAGACGUACCAUCCUCGGACCAUGGCCGCUGGCACCUUCACACCCUAUCGCGCCCCCACACCGGAGCAGGCGGCUGUGGUCCUCACCCGGCCAAUGCCACUACCCAGUCCCGACUUUGUACCCAAGCCGAUCCUUAAGCGCCCGCCCAUCGAGCAGGGGGAGCCGCCCAUGAGCCCACCCAUCCCAAUCGGUCCAUCUUUGCCGGGAAACGGCAAUGGUGCCACACCCACCACAGCAGUGACAGUCGCAACUAUCCCACACGUCACACCAAGCAUGGCCCCUAAUCCCAUUACCAGCAGUAGCAGCAGUUUAAAGAUGGAUCUGGCCAAGGGCAUAAAGUCGUUUUUUAGCCGCGACAAGCGGUCCGCCACCGAGAAGAACACUGAAGCCAAUGAGGAGAUAUCGAAUCCCUUGGAGAAAACCAAUGCCGCUGCCAUUGCGGCCGAUUUGGAGGUCAAACGCAGAGCCAAGGAGGAGGAGGAGUUGCGCCGCCAAGAGGCAGAGCGCCUCAUGCAGGAGGAGGCACAUGCCGCCGUCGAUCACUACAGUGACCUAGUCCGGGAGGUCGGCAGCUCCCACAAAUACCACACGCCCCUCUACCUAGAUCGCGACGAGCUGAAGCGGGCCGCCGCAAAGGCAGCAGCCGAAUCCGACGAGGAUGAGGGAUCGAUGUCCAACACGGAAGAGCACAGGAAGAGACUGGCCAUAAAGAGCAACGACGACAUGCUAUUGGCACCACCAGUGCUCAGUCGGGAGCGGCGUCUGUCCAUCUCUGAGCGGGAGCAGCUGGUGCAUGUGCGGGAUGCAUCCAGUAAUCUGGCGUAUCACAAAUCAAGGGACAAAGACGAGGAGCGUGAAGCGGAGCAGCAGACUCAAAGCCAAGCGGAGGAGGAGGAGCCGGAGUACCCGACCGUUCUAGUGGUGCCCCCACCCAAGACAAAGAACAAGAGCGAGACGGAGAGUGAGAGCGUCAUGAGCGAAACCGUUGAGGCUCGUCCCGAUGCCCGGGGGCGAACGCGCCUCGUGAAGGUCAAACGGGUAAUUAAGCGACGGGUUCCAUCCAGCACGCGGUCUCGCGACACCUCGCUCAAUAGACCCACAGCACCCGCCGCGGGAGGCCUCGCUCUAGCUGUGGAGAGGACCUCGCAGACGGCCCUGGUUCUCUCAAGCGCCGAACGGCAUCUUCUGGAGCGAGCAUCCGCACUGGCGCUGCUCCAGUCGGAGGAGCAUACGCACGAGAAGGUACGCUCGGCUCUCAGCUACUGUACCGAUCUGGUUCUCUUCCUUGUUGCCUGUUAUGUGUACUUGUUCAAGGACGCGCGGCUUGUCCUGCCCAUUCUUGGGCUGAUAAUUUACCGCCAACUUGGCGAGGCUAUUAGGGGCUAUAUACCCAGUUGGUUGCGUCGCAAGGGCAACGACCAGACCUGAUCAUCUCUUCGCUCAUCCUCACAUGCCUUUACUCGUAUCGGUUAAGCUAGUUUUUAUUGAAGUCGACUUAUUUACGUAUGUAUGUGUGUAUGUAUCCUAAGAUAAAAUUCGGUUUCGGAUCGGACUGUCAUAGAAUCCAUCCCCAAAUUUCUGUUUACGCCGAGUCCUUGCAAAUUCCCCAUCGAAUCCCAUCCAAAAUGGGUCGGAAAACGAAGGUACAUUAUUGGAAUGAUUCACUUUUGACUAUCCCACAGUUUCGCCACUGAGAUCACUUUACAUCUAUGAGUAAAUCACCUCGGAGAUAAAUGUAUAUCAAACAUUUCGAUAACUAAUUAACAACAAUCAUGUUCUAAAGUGUGUUUUCACAGAGCUGUGAAUAAUAGCAAGCUACUUUGAAAUUUGCAAGGAUAUCUGACUCUUCGGUCACCGAAGUUGAAAUUCUUUCCUUUUUGUUUGGAAAUGAUUCGUGAAAGUGUCAUACGUGUACGGAUGUGGAUGUUUCCUUUAGUGCCUCAUCGUGUUAUGAAGUGUUCGUUUGCGGUUCUUUGUCGCCUAUCUGCAUUGUUGGAAAUAAAGCUUGGGCCAAACUAACUAUCUAGGGUUAGUUUAUUCCGAAA